GAGAUCCUCUUCGACGGACGCGAACCGUUUUCGGAUAAAGGAGGUCGCGAGUCUAACAGUCGGGGAGGGUUUCAACUUUUGUCGACAACGGACAAUUCCCUCUCGGGGCGACUCACAAACAAAUGUCAUUUAACUCUUCGAAAAGCAUUUCCAGCUUCCGAUUGGAACUCGAUGGCUACAAGUACGUCGGUGAAAUAGGCUACGGGAGCUACGCUCAAGUCGUUAAAGCCAUCGAUUUGAAAUCCAACGAAUACGUGGCAGUAAAAUGCAUAGAGAGAAGCAGGCUGUCGCAGUCAGGGAAAGAAAAUGUUGUCAAGGAGAUCAAGCUCAUGAAGGAAGUUCUUCAUAAUGAAUACAUUGUUGAAAUGAAAGAUUUCCAAUGGGAUGAAAAGUACAUCUAUAUUAUACUAGAAUUUUGUGAUGGCGGCGACCUUUCCCAGUUCAUACAAAAACGCCAGAGACUCCCGGAAAAAGUCUGUAAAAGAUUUAUGCAGCAACUGGCGUUGGGCCUUGAAUUUCUUAGGUCAAAAAAUGUUUGUCACUUUGAUUUGAAACCAUCUAACCUACUUUUGGUCACAAAACCAAACUUGAAACUCAAAAUAGCAGAUUUCGGCUUUGCUGAUUUUCUAUCCGAAGAAACUUUGAAAUGGACUUUAAGAGGAUCACCUUUGUAUAUGGCACCAGAAAUUCUCAUAUAUCGAUAUUUUAACGAGAAAUCUGAUUUAUGGUCUGUUGGUAUAAUUAUGUAUGAAUGUUUGCUAGGGAGUGCACCUUUUGUCACGUUAACAUGCAAGCAGCUAAUAAUUGACAUAAAAAACCAAGUGCCGAUCGAGGUGCGUCCUGGUUUAUUGUCAUCUGAUUGCGAAGAUCUUUUGAGGAGACUUCUGACUUAUGAUCACGAAAAAAGAAUAUCUUAUGAACAGUUUUUCAAGCAUCCAUUUAUAGAUUUGAAGCACUUUCCUCAUCAAGAGUCUUAUCUAAUAGCAGUCAAAUUGGCCCGUGAAGCUGUGAAAUUAGAUUAUGAGAAAAAAUACAUGGACGCCUUUAAUAAAUAUUGUGAAGUUUUGAAAUACUUAUUGCCAUUUUUAAAUGAGUUCAAUGUGGUUAAAAGAGAACAAAUUCGCUUGAAGAUAUUUGAAUACACCAAACGAGCAGAUGCCCUCAAAGUCAUACUUUACAGAGCUAAAGAGGCUUUUGUAGCAAGACCAAAUACAAAUGAUGAAUCUGCUGAAAAAGAUCUAGCUCAGGGAGAUAACCCACUCAUGGAUGUUAGAUAUCUCAAGACACUUUGCAGUUCUACACCUAAAAUGUUAGACGGGAUUGACAUCGGAUAUGCUGCACAGAUGUAUUUGUUCGAAGGCAAAUAUGAAAUCGCUUUAGAAAAACUGAAAGCGUGUUUUGCCAUUCUCAUCCCAUUGCUUGAUGAAGAGCCGCAAGGAGUCAGGAAAAAGUUGUUAACAAUGCAGUUGGACGAGUGGAUGAAAGAAGCAGAAAGUAUAACAUCACUUAUUGAUGCCAACGAAGCAGUUCAUGAUGUUCAAAAUGAUAUAUGUUCCAUCCAGUAAUAAGAAUGUCGAAAAAAUGUCCUGAGAUUCUUCAUUGUAAAUUCUUUUCAAUUUGAUAUUCGUACUUAAACUUCAUGUUUUCCCCAUUGUUAUGAAAUUUACUCGUGACAAUAAAUUAUACACUUUUUAUGACCUUU